UGAUGGAGGCCCUGUCACUUCCUUUGUAUCUCCCCUCACAUCUCCUCAGCUGUUUCUUCUUGCUUAAAAAGCUACAUCAAUACUGGGUUUUAAAGGUGGGAUGAUGUGUGUUGUGGAAUUCAGGAACACUUUCUGCCUGCCCUCCUCUCAAGAUCCUCAGGUAUCCCUGCUCCAGGUGGCGUGUCAAGGACUUGCACAACUGCUCCAUUGCUUUUUAUUGGAAUUCCCAGUUGUGGAUUUCUUCCUCUUUAUUUUUUUUGUUUGCAAAUUCACCUUUUUAACAUCUGUGAAUCUUCAAUUUGGUUCUCAUCCACCAGAGCCUUUCACUUCCUGCAGGGAAAGAAGCAAUGUUGAUUCUCCAACCUUUGACAUCCCAGACUUUCCAUAGGACUUAACCCCCACACACCAUCCCCUUUCCACUCUCCCAGAAGUUGUUUGACCCUGUUUUCAAACUGAAAUGCACGUGGGGCAGGUUUGGGAGUACAGAGUGUGACCUGUAAAAAGUUUGGAGCAGCAAAUCCCUGAUUUCUGCAGGGAUGGUGUGUUCCAGGGGCAGGUGGGCAGUUCUGGGGUGCUGCCACGGGGUGUGGCUCUGCCUCACGAGGUGUAUCCAGGUACAGAACCUCUGGGGGAGUUCCCAGUGCUGUCACUGCUGUCCCCAGUCCAGCUCUGGGGGUAAAACAAACUAUCCCAGUGAAAUCCAGAGCUGUCACCAUAACUGUGCUCCCCAUCAGCCUGAGGUCACUGCCUGCACCUCCCUGAAGGACACUGGUGCAGGAGCAGCUGCAGCCAAGUGAGGGAGUGUUGGAUCCAUCCCUUCAGCCCACUGCUGAGAAGGAAAAACAGGUAUUUGCUUUAAUUCCUUUUAAAAAUCGGCUUCCAGGAGGUGAAAGAUUUUGUGGCCAGGUUGGACAGGGCUUGGAGCAACCUGGGCUAGUGGAAAGUUGGUGGAGCAGGGGGGCAGGAUGAGAUGAGCUUUGAGGUCCCUUCCAACUCAAACAAUCCUGUGAUUCUAUGAAAGCACCCCCAUGGAGCUUUAAAGGGAUUUGGGGUGUUCUGACAGAGGCUGAAGAGUCCAGGCCUAGUUCUGCUCCCACCCUGGGAGUGGAGAGGGUGAAGGAUGGGAAUCCUUCCCCAGCUGGUGGUGAGUUGUUCCAUGGCUGUCCUGUUCACUCAAAUAUAAAUGUAUUGCAGAAAUAUAAUCUGAAAUAACUUCUGGUCCUUCUGGUGGGAUCAGCAGAGGAGGAGAGCCAAGGUCUGGUGUUUUUUUGGUUUUUCUCAUUCCAUAUUAAACAAAAUUGUAUGAAAUCUAGCUUUGAAGGAGCUCUUGUGGAGAUUAAGCUUUUAUGUUGCUCAACGUACCCUUAGAGAGUCUGUCAGUCUGGGUCACAAUAAAUACAUAGAUGGAAAUCACAUAUAUAGUGUGGUAGAAAUCCUGUAUUUUGUGUUACACAGUUUCCUAGGGAAUAAAGAUAUCCUGGCUGCUGUAUUUUGUUCUGUACCAUUACAGUUCCAGUUUUGCUUUGCCAGGUAUUAACAAAAAAAUAUCAAUUUUCUAACAGUCAUUUUUCAAGGGGAUUUAAGAGGCUGACUGCAAGAGGAAAUUGAGGUGUGUUUGGGAGAGGCAUCAGGGAGAUCCAGUGCCCCUUCUGUCAUGUUUUUGGAAUUGCCUUGUCAGUGUGGAGAGCUGGGAGAGGCAGGUCCAGGGCCCUGUGGCCGUGGCAGAGCUCGGUGAAUGAGGCUGCUGGGAAGGAAGGGACUGGCACGAGAAAUUCAGUGUUUCUAAUUUGUUGAGGACAGCUGAUGUUGUGUUUGAUAAGAGAAAUGAAUCCAUUCCUCCUCAGUCUGUGCCUGUUAGAGCUGUGGGGCAGCAAAAUCAGAGACCACGGGAUGGGCAGAGUGAGGAAGAGUCAGUUGGAGACACCUGGGUCAUCAUCCCUGUCACACCAGGCCUGGAGCAUCGCCCAGCGAGGCCAGGGAUGGGGUGGGGCUGAGGAGCCUCAUUCUAACACGUACAGCAGGAGACAUUUCCAUCCCUCUCCAUCCAGUUUGUCCAGCCUGGCCCAGGGGAUUCACUUUUCGGGCUUUUACAGUAAAGGUUUCGUGGGUAGUUCUUGGUUUCAGAUGAGCCACACUCAGAGCAGGUAGAAAAACCUGCAAGGACCGUAGUAAAUUGGGAUCUGUGCAGCUGAAUAAAAUGUUCCCUGAGGAAUCAGGAUGGUUUGGGUCUGAAGGGACUCUCAGAGGUGAAGAGGGGGUCAGGCCUGCUGCCAGCAGAGUGAAAUGCUCCCAGUUUGGUGCCUGGUGUGAGAUGCUCCCAGUUUGGCGCCUGGUGUGAGAUACUCCCAGUUUGGUGCCUUACAUCAUCCUGUGCCUGUGAAGAUGGACAAACCCUGGCUCCAGAAAUCCCUUGUCACACACCCCAGGAUGUGUUCCUGGGAAAUGCCGUGGAGGGAGCCAGACUGGGGGCAGAGGAAGAAAAGGGACUUGAUGGAGAGAAGCUGCUCAGGAGCGAAGUUAAAUCAAGAACACCCUUCUGGAAAUGCUGAGCUUCUCCAGCUUCCUGCCGAGCUCCCGGAGCCGACCCCGGCCCUGAGUUGCACCUUGUCCUGGAGCCCCACAAACGGGGAUAUUUUACUCGGAUUUUGCUUCGUGCUGCGCUCAGUUUCCAGGCUAAACCCUCCCGUGAACUGCUGACAGCAGAGUUUUCCAGAGAACCUGGCAAGAAGCAGCGUGAACGUGCUGAUGUGAAUUUCGACGUUAAUCUUCUGUAAAUCGAGCGGCCCGUGGCCGAGGGACGGCCGGGAGAAAUCCGAAUGACGUUUCCAUGGCUCGCUGGGCGCCCGCGCUAUUGAGAUGAAAUCUCAUGGAUGGAAUUCCGUGGACGCAGCUGCUGUAUCAGCGCUCGGGGGAUUCUGCUGUUCUGGUCAGAAGCGACCCAUAAAUAGCGGGGCCGCCCACGCUGCCCAGCACAGCGGAACCACACGGACAGGCACAAUGACCGAGCAGCAAAGUCCCCCCGAGCAGAUGGCGACUGGGGAGGGUGCUGGUGAGCGAGGUGGCAACUACAAGAUCACCAUCUACGAGCUGGAGAACUUCCAGGGGAAAAGGUGUGAGCUGACAGAGGAGCUCCCCAACAUCACUGAGAAGGAGAUGGAGAAGGUGGGCUCCAUCCAGGUGGAGUCUGGCCCGUGGCUGGGCUUCGAGCGCCAGGCCUACGCCGGGGAGCAGUUCGUGCUGGAGAAGGGUGACUACCCCCGCUGGGACUCGUGGUCCAACAGCCACAGCAGCGACAGCCUGAUGUCCAUCCGGCCCCUCCAGAUUGACAGCGCUGACCACAAGAUCCACCUGUUUGAGAACGCGGGCUACACCGGGCGCAAGAUGGAGAUCGUGGAUGAUGACGUCCCCAGCCUCUGGGCCCACGGCUUCCAGGACCGCGUGGCCAGCGUCAAGGCCCUGAACGGAACGUGGGUGGGCUAUGAGUACCCCGGGUACCGGGGCCGCCAGCACGUCUUCGAGAAGGGCGAGUACCGGCACUGGAACGAGUGGGACGCCAACCAGCCGCUCAUCCAGUCCGUGCGCCGCGUGCGGGACCAGCAGUGGCACCAGCGGGGCUGCUUCGAGAACAGCUGAGGGACCCCCAGCCCCCCUCGGGGCCGCCCGUGGGCUCCCCCAGCUGCUGCCGUGACCGUGGUGUUUUUUGUGCAAAAACCUCAAUAAAGCUCUGAGCUGGA